GGGCAAGUACACAUGGGGGGAUAUGCGCACGCACCUGCACAAGACUGUCCCCCGAAGAGCUCAGAGAAAAGGUGCGCUCCCAGAGGAGCCACAGCUCCAAUCCCCACCUCCUGAUCAGCCACCCAUAAACCACCACACCAGGCCGGACCACACAGACUGCUGCUCCCUCUCAACACUCAGGGAAACAGAAUACAAUGUCUGCCCAACGCCCAGACAAAUCACAGUGGGCCACGUCACCGUGGAUGGAAUCCAGACAGCUGGCCAGGACUUCAGACUCGGGGAGUAUCGGUUGUACUUGUUCUACCUAAGAAGUCCCGUUCCACGAUGGCAGAGACCAAGCACUUCAGGAAUGAGGGACAGAACGAGAAGAAACAGAGUUCAAAUUUCAGUGCAAAAGAAUAUAUGUAAAGCAGAAGAGGAACUUGCUGAACUUACUAGCAGUGAGAAAGCCUAAAGACAGAGGCAGAGAGACUCUCUCAUUCUCUAAUUCAGCUUCCAGGAAUCGUCCACCCAUCGUGCUUCUUGAUAAGGAAUCAAGUUGUGCAAGAGGAGGACCAUUUCCAGGCAAGGUCUUACAGUGAAUUCUUUCAGGAUUCUUUCUGGACAAGACCCUCAAACAGCACGAGUCUGAAAUGCGGAGCGGCCAGGCCCGGCUGCCCGCAUACACACUCUGCUCACCAGAGCAGAAGUCCUUCUAGUGACUCCUUGUCGGCUGGGCAAGGAGUGAGCUCUCCAUGAAGACAUCUGUCCGGAAUCCCGCCUGGCUCACAAAGCAGCUCUCUAUGCCAAAAAGCAAUAAAUGGUGGAGCCAGAAAAGAAAUUGCCGGGAAAGUGAGGGCAGCACCAGGAGGAAGGGGAAAAACAAGCUGGUUAUUCCAGGAACAAGCUGAAACUUUCCUCUCUUCAGAAGGGAAAUAAAGUGAGUGCUCCUCCAACAACGCAGAGCAUGGCACACAGAAGCCACACGACAGAGACCAGGACUGGACUUAGGACUGCAUUAAAAACAGAAGAUAUGGGUUCCUGGCCCAGCUUCACUGUCUGUCAUGCCCCUUUGAAGUUUACCCUCACUCUAGCCCUUUAGACCCUCAGGCAACCUGUGUUACGAAGGACUACUUCUGACUGUUCUAGUAGAACCAUGCAGUAUGGACUCUUCUGUAAGGCUCCUUUCACUCAUCAUGAUGUUUUUGAGAUUUGUCCAAGUUGUGUGUAUCAACAAUUUGCUCGCUUUUAUUGUUGAGCUGUCUUCCGUUGUUUGAAUAUAUCAGAAUUUGUUUACUUGCUCA